GCAAGCCCUUCAGAGUCUGGAAAUACUCCACCGUAUGAGGACUGGGUUCAGAAAGACCUCGGACCACCUACAGAAACUGAUCCUAAAUGAGCCUGGAUUUGACCAAAAUGACCCGGGUCAUUGUUGAGCUGAGUCUGGUCCUGAUCCUCACGGUCCACGGUGUCCUGGGGUCAGAGAUGACCAUCAAUGCAGCUGUUGGAACUUCAGCCACGGUUCAUUGUAAAUGGGACGAGGAGCUGAUGCGAUGCAGUUGCCCCUACCCUUAUCAGGGCUGCGCAGACUGCAAAAACCUCCGACCCAUCACUACCCCACUAGAAAGAAAUACAAACACUUCAGAAUCAUAUCUGACCUUUACUGAACUCCAGCCAUCCACCUCAGGACUGUAUACCUGCUCUCCCAUAAACAAUACCAACAGAGCUACGAGGACGUACAGGAUUAAUGUAAUCAAAGAUCGAGACCCAACUGUUGUGAUUGGGACUUUGGGAAAUGCCACUAAUUUAACCUGUGGUUCUGGAGUGGACCUCGUUGCUGCUUCAGAACCAAAGUGGUGUCGCUCGGACACGUCAGCAGUUUGUGAAAACACCAUCAUGCGUUCAAAUGAAAUCAGAGGGGACUUUAAAGUCCACAGCACCGAGAACUCAUUCAUCCUGGAGAAUCGACGCCUGACACAUGAUGCCGCAGGAUUGUACAAAUGCACCCUGGACUUUCCAGAUCAGAACCAGACCCUGGACUAUGUGGUAAACUUAACGGUAAUAGACAGUCCCACACCACUGAAGAUCCAUGAGGUUCAGGCCAGGCCCAAAGGAGGCCAGCCAUUUGAGAUCACAUGUCCAUAUCCCCAGAAGUGGAAGUUCGACUUCUCAAAGUCCUGGAGAUGUGACAAUGCAGAUUGUCCCAAAACAGUCAAGAGUACAGAUGAUCAUUUCCAAUCUGCUCUAGUUCUGACCAUUGACCACAUAACGUGCACAAAGAUUAGGUCUUUUCAAUGUGUGAUGAAGUCUUUGAGAAGCUCAGAAUACUCAAACGUCUAUCGACACUCGGUGAUGAUUGCUCAUCCCACUGUGGUGGAUUUCUCCUAUGACAGGGUCCAGGAGAAGGAGGUCUAUUCCUACACUGUCCUCCACAUGAUAUGUCGUAAGCCCUACAACUGGGACUAUGAAUUUGGAGGUUACUGGUGGGACAGGAGGUAUCGCCCCCAUCCAAACACUCGCGGCAAAGCAACUAUCUGUAAGAAGAUGGCGGGCCAAUGUGUGGAUGUAAAGGUGGAGGACAAACCACAGACGGUGGAGUUUAGGUUUUGUGUGACUCCUGCAGACAAUGGAACAGUUUAUCUGUGCCAGGGUGGAUACGUUACCUACCGACUGAUCAUCUAUGUCAAAGAGCGUCCACCUCCACCCAAACCCAUCGGACCUGCUCCGUCCCGUCCACCAAGCAUCAACACUAACUUGGUCAUUGUGGUCAUCGUGACCAUCAUCAUCCUGCUCAUGCUCAGCUUCGCCAUUGGUAUCAACCACUGUAAGGCUCGGAACCUCCGUCAGUGGUAUCGAACGCUGUUUGCCAGACGAGCGCCGCUGUCAGCCGUUGACGCCCACGCCAACAUGUACGCCAAUGCCAUCGCCCAGUACUACAGCCAGCAGCGUAGUGCCAUAGCCUCGCCCACCGCCGGAGGAAACACCGAGGAAUCUUCAAGCAGCUCCGAUGAUGAGUUCGAGGAGCUUCCUGUUCCACUGAACAUCAACAAAGACAAGAACGAGUAUGUGAUGGUGAAAGUUCCAGAACGAGGUCCGGUUCCAAGUGCAAGACAAGUUCAGGACGAGGCUGAGAGGGAUGAAGAUGAGGACAUCACCUACACCCAUGUUAUCAUCCAGCCCAAGACCCAUCGACACAAGUAACAGAACCCCAGCCGAACCACAAACAGAACCACAGCAGAACCACAAAAACAACCAUGGCAGAACCAAAGCAGAACCACAGCCGAACCACAAACAGAACCACAGCAGAACCACAAAAAGAACCAUGGCAGAACCAAAGCAGAACCACAGCAGAACCACAAACAGAACCACAAACAGAACACAGCAGAACCAAAGCAGAACCACAGCAGAACCACAAACAGAACCACAAACAGAACACAGCAGAACCAAAGCAGAACCACUGCAGAACCACAAACAAAACCACAAACAGAACACAGCAGAACCAAAGCAGAACCACAAAAAGAACCACAAAAAAAACCACAAACAGAACCACAGCAGAGGGAUGAUGUUCUGUCAUUAUAUGUUAUGCCAUUAAAGGGGGCGGAGUGGUCCUGUUUCCAUUGCUGUCAAAGACAAAUCAGAGUAAAAAUAAAAGCGUAAAAAACUAAGGGUUUUCGCACAUAAUAAACCCAUGAAUGUAAAGUGAAAACGUAACUUUUGUUGUUCCCUGUCCUGAAUAUCUGUGGACCAUCCACUAUGACCACAGGCUCCGCCUGCUUCUUAGGCAGAGCCACCAUUGCUUUAGGAGCCAGAGGUGACAUGAAGGCAGAGCUAUGGGAGGCUGAUCCUGGCCACCCUGCGGACUGUACUCGCAACCUUGUUCUUUUGGUCAUUACCCAGAGCUUAUGACCAUAGGUGAGGGUUGGAACAUAGAUCGCCCCGGUAAAUCAAAAGCUUCGCCUUUUGGCUUAGCUCCCUCUUUACUACAAUAGACCGGUUUAGCAUCCGCAUCACUGCACCUGUCAGUCUCCUGCUCCAUCCUACCCUCACUUGUGAACAAGAUCUUGAGAUACUUAAACUCCUCCACCUGAAGCAGAACUUGUUCCCCGAUCCGGAGUGGGCACUGCACCCUUUUCUGUCUGAGGCCAUGGCCUCAGACUUGGAGGUGCUGAUCUUCAUCCUAGCUGCUUCACACUCGGCUGCGAACUGCCCCAAUGAGAGCUGGAGGUCACUGCUCAACAAAGCUAAGAGGACCACAUUGUGAGCAAAAAGCAGAGAUGAGAUCCUUCUGCCAUCAAACUCGACCCCCUCCACCACCUGGCUGUGUCUAGACAUUCUAUCCAUAAAAGUUAAGAACAGAACCGGUGACAAACGGCAUCCCUGGUGGAGUCCAACCCUCUCCAGGAACAAGUCUCACUUACUGCUGGCUACGCGGACCACACUCCUUUGGUACAGGGACUGAAUGGCCGCUAAUAAGGUACAAUCCACCCUGUACUCCUGGAGCACCCCCUAACAGGAUACCCCUGGGGACACAGCCGUAAGCCUUCUCUAAAUCCACAAAACACAUGUGGACUGGAUGGGCAAACUCCCAUACCCCCUCCUGCACCCUAGCAAGGGUAAAAAGUGUAGACCUUCCUGGGGAGGCUGAGGAGUGUGAUCUCCUAUAGUUGGAACACACCCUCAGGUCCCCCUUCUUAAAGAUGGGGACCACCACCCCAAUUUGCCACUCUAAAGGUACCGCCCCUGAUGUCCAUGCAAUGUUGCAGAGGCGAGUCAGCUGAGACAGUCCUACAGCAUCCAGUACCCUGAGAUACCCAAGGCAGAUCUUCUCAAUCCCUGGGGCUCCACCGCCAGGUGUUCCCAGCAGACCGGAACUACCCGUUUGGAUCUACCGGGCCUGUGUGGCAUCUUCUCCUGCCACCUGAUCCAACUCACAACCAGGUAGUGGUCGGUUUACAGUUCUGCACCCCUCUACACCCAAGUGUCCAGAACAUACGGCUGCAGGUCUGAUGAUAUGACUACAAAGUUGAUCACUGGCUGGUGACCUAGGAUGUCCUGGUGCCAAGUCCACUGAUGGACAUAUGUAUGUUUGAAUAUGGUGUUAGUUAUGGCCAAACUGCAACUCGCACAGAAGUCCAAUAACUGAACACCACUUGGGUUCAGAUCGGGCAGGCUGUUCCUCCCCACCAUGCCCCUCCAGGUCCAGCUGUUGUUGCCCACGUGAGUGUUGAAAUCCUCCAGCAGGACAAUGGAGUCCCCUUUCAGGGCACUUUCCAGCGCCUGUUCCAAUGGUUCCAAAAAGGGCAGGUAAUCUGAAGUGUUGUUUGGUGCAUAACCAGUCAGAUGCCAUUCCUCAACCUGAAGGCACAGGGAAACAACCCUUUUGUCCACUGGGGUAAACUCAGUCAGAGAGUCUGGGGGAUAUCAAAUAGCCCACCCCUGCCUUCCGCCUCUUCCUUGGGGCAACUCCCACAAAAGAGAGAGACCAACCCCUUUCAAGGAGUUGGGUUCCAGAGCCAAUGAUAUGUAUCGAGGUGAGACCAACUCUAUCUAGCCAGUAAUGCUCAACCUCUCCCACAAACUCCUGCUCCUUCCCCACCAGAGGUAACAUUCCAUGUCCCAAAAGCCAGUUUCCAUAACCAAGGAUUAAAUCACCAAGGCCCCUGCUUUGGUCUGCUGUCCAAUGCACAAAGCACUGGACCCUUUUGCUUCCCCUGCAGGUAGUGGGCCUACAGGAUGAUUGGCCCGUGUCUCUGGUUUGGGCUGGGCCUGGCCACCAGGUACUCACCCAUGGGCCCCAACCCCAGGCCUGGCUCCAGAACAGAGCCCUGGAAACCCUCUGGGCUGGGUACACAUUCCCUCAUUGUUCCUUGACAUGAAGGGUCUUCUGAACCAUUCUUUAUCUGGCCCUUCCCCUACGAUCAAUCUGCAAUGGGAGACCCUACCAGGGGCAAAAUGCCUCCACCAACAUAGAUCCUAGGGUCAUCAGGGCUCCCAAACUCCUCUGCCAUGGUAAGGUGAUGGUUCAAGGAGAAAUGUCAUGAAUGGGUUAAAUCCACUGUAAGUCUAUGGGAGCCAGUGCUUUUUGAAACAGCAUCUAAUGGUCGUCAGUGGUAUUACACUUUAACAGGAUUCAUAAACACAGAGAAAUGACACAAAAUAUGUUAAAGUGAAUAAAACAACAGUUGUGUUAAGGCUGUGGCUGUUGGUUCUGUCAACCAGAUGAUUAUGAUGGACUUCUGUUGCUGUGAUCAAAUACAGUCCAUGUCAGCUUAGAUCUGUGUUUUCCCAUUGUCACAGGUUUAUUUCAGGCAGGUUUCUUGUUCAUGCUUUCACCAAAUGAAUGAUUAUGAAUACAUCAUCUGAUAUAAGUGGAAGUCAUCAACAUCAGGAUUGUUUUUCAAUCAGAUGCAGAAAAAUAGGACAAAACUAAAACCUACUGAAUCUGGUUGUUCAUGUUUGACAUUGUGUUUAUUUGUUCUUAUAAUCAAUGUGUUCUUUCUUUAUGAUUCAAUUUCAUGAAACUUGUAUGUAUCAUAUAUUAUAUUAAAACAUAUGAUUGAU